AUGGCGGAUUUGGGAAGCCAGCGUAGCCGGAACUACCGGCCCUACGGCCCUUCCUCGUCCGUGCAGCGAGACGCUGCUUAUAACGACAUUUUUGGGAACGCACCGCCACCGGGACGCGCGCAGACAAUGAACUCCCAAACCCCGCAGUUUUCCCAGGGUCGCGCUCAUACCAUGUCGUCGCAUGUCGUGCAACCCCAAUUUCAGAGACCGCCGCCGCCGCCAGCACGGCAAAUCUCAAAUGGAUAUGGACCGCCACCCACGCCACCCAACGGGUAUACACCAGGGCCACCGAACGGACAGUACCAAGCAUACAAUCCGGGGGCUGCAACGAUGACUUCGCAGCAACCACCGCGACCGUACCCCGGACGUUACGCUUAUCCUCGACCCCAACGCCUGGAUUCCAGACCCGGCCCGCCGUCCCAAUACCCGGACCCCAGGGACCUCAACCGACCUUUGCCUCCACCUGCGUUGAAUUCUGAUGCGACGAGGUCAAGGUCAAUGGCUAAAUUGGGUGGUCCGGCGUACCCGGCCCCGCCCAGUAACUUCAACCACACCUCUGCCAUCGCCUCCCGCCGGGAGCCUUACCACGCCGGUGCUCCGAUCACUCAGUUGGGGCGGCCGGUCCCGGAGAAGCAUACCAAUGAGCGGGCCAUGUCCAUGACUUCAUAUGCGUCGGAACGAGAUGCGCAUAUCAUGAACAGCGGACGGUCCAUCCCCCACAGACGACCGCCGUCGGGCCACGAUCAACAGCAAGCAGCCCGAUUCGAUGCUAUUCCACCAAGUGUACCGGAUGUUUAUGCCAAGCCCCCUCGUCCACCGAGUGAUGCAUCAAUGAGAUCCCGCACAAUGUCCAUGGCAUCGACUAUCGCGCCUGAUCGUACGAUGAGUGUGCAGAGUCAAGCCACUCAGAACUCCAAUGGCCAAUCUACUCUCGUCUCGAGCAAUUCUCGCCGAAAUAAAUUUCCCGUGGUUUAUCCUGCAUUGAUUUCCCGCGUCGCGGAUGUGUUCCGAGAGAAGAUCUCCCUGGGCGAACGCCAGAAGAACGGACUUUCAUAUCAGAAUGCCUUCUCGGGAACAGACGCAGUGGAUUUGAUCGGAACCAUCAUCCGGACUAAUGACCGCAACCUUGCCCUCCUGUUGGGUCGGGCACUCGAUGCUCAAAAGUUCUUUCACGAUGUUACCUAUGACCAUCGACUCCGAGACGCUUCCGGCGAGGUCUAUCAAUUCAAAGAAACGAUGGGAGAGGAUACGCCCGGCUCAGAAGUCAACGGUGUUUUCACCCUUUUGACAGAAUGCUACUCCCCUACCUGCAACCGGGACAGUCUCUGCUAUUCCAUCGCUUGUCCGCGACGGCUGGAGCAGCAGGCCCGUUUGAACCUGAAACCUCAGCCGGUUCUGAGAACUUCGGCCUCCAAGGGAAGCUUGCACAUCGAUGAUGACGACGACAAUGACAAUCAAAAGUUAUGGAUCAACAUGGUUCCCAAAGAAGUCUCGGAUGCUCUCGAUGACCAUGAAAAGAAACGGCAAGAGAUCAUUUUCGAAAUCAUGUACACGGAGCGCGAUUUCGUCAAGGACUUGGAAUACCUGCGGGAUUUCUGGAUGCGGCCAUUGCGCGCUGCAGGCCCUACAAACCACUCUCCUGUCCCGGAACAUCGACGAGAAAAAUUCAUCCGAACUGUCUUUGGUAACUGCUUGGAGGUGCUGAAGGUGAACAGCGGCCUCUGUGAGGCGUUGAACACGCGGCAGAAGGAGAGCCAAGUGGUUCAGACCGUUGGUGACAUCUUCCUUCAACAUGUGCCUCGCUUCGACCCAUUCAUCAAGUACGGUGCCAACCAACUCUAUGGAAAGUACGAGUUUGAGAAGGAGAAGGCCUCGAACCCCGGCUUUGCAAAAUUCGUCGAAGACACUGAGCGCCUCAAGGAGUCCCGGAAGCUGGAGUUGAACGGCUACUUAACAAAGCCCACUACUCGCUUGGCCAGAUACCCGCUUCUCCUUGAGUCAGUUUUGAAGUACACCGCGGAUGAUAACCCAGACAAGGAAGACAUUCCCAAGGCUGUGAAGAUCAUCAAGAGUUUUCUGUCGCGCGUCAAUACCGAGAGUGGAAAGGCAGAAAAUCACUUCAACUUGGUCCAGCUGAACGCAUCACUGAAAUUCGGUCCCGGGGAUUAUGUGGACCUGAAGCUCACAGAGGAGAACCGCCAAAUGCUCACGAAGAUGGCGUUCAAGAAAACGACAGCCGACAGUUCAGAAGUCACUGCCUAUCUCUUUGAUCACGCCGUACUACUCGUCCGAAUCAAGGUGGUGAACAAACGUGAGGAAUAUCGUGUCUACAAGAAGCCAAUUCCGCUCGAGCUUCUAGUGAUUGCGCAGAUGGACGAGGUGAUCCCCCGGUUAGGAAUCGCCAAGAGACCCUCGUCAAGUCUUUUAUCCAACAAGGCCGUCAUCAAUCCUCCCCCAGCCAAGGACGGGCAGCUCCCGAUCACAUUCAGACACCUCGGGAAGGGAGGAUACGAACAGACUCUUUACGCCACGUCCCCCACCCAAAGGCGAAAGUUCAUUGAAAUGGUGGAGGAGCAGCAGAGAAAGCUUUGGGAACGCAACAGCAAUUUCUAUAACAAAACGGUGCUCUGCGAGAAUUUCUUCUCGGCUAUCAACCGGGUGAAUUGCCUUGUUCCAAUCGAUGGAGGUCGAAAGUUAGUCUACGGAACGGACAGCGGUAUCUAUCUCUCUGAACGUUGGCCCAAAGAGAAAUCCGCCAAGCCGAGGAGGGUUCUCGACGCAAGCCAGGUCACGCAAAUCGAUACUCUGGAAGAAUAUCAACUACUCCUGGUCUUGGCGAACAAGACUCUCACUUCUUACCCAAUGGAGGCUCUUGAACUAGGAGAGGGCCAAAACGCCAUUGCCAAGCGUCCCAAGAAGAUUCAAGGCCACGCCAACUUCUUCAAGGCGGGCAUUGGCCUCGGCCGCCACCUGGUCUGCUCAGUCAAGACAUCGGGUCUCUCAAGUACCAUCAAAGUGUACGAGCCCAUGGACAAUCUGGCAAGGGGCAAGAAGAAGUCUGCGGUCAGCAAGAUGUUCCAGAGUGGCCAGGACACGCUCAAACCAUUCAAGGAAUACUAUAUCCCUGCCGAAUCUUCUUCGAUUCACUUCCUGCGGUCCACCCUCUGCGUUGGCUGCUCACGUGGUUUCGAGGUAGUCAGCCUUGAGACCACCGAGACGCAAUCCCUUCUCGACCAGGCUGAUACGUCUCUCGAUUUCGUGGCUCGCAAAGAGAACGUGAAGCCUAUCCACAUUGAGCGGAUGAACGGUGAAUUCCUUCUCAACUACAGUGACUUUUCGUUCUUUGUCAACCGCAAUGGGUGGCGGGCCCGACCCGAUUGGAGGAUCUCGUGGGAAGGCAACCCGAACGCCUUUGCCCUCUCGUACCCCUACAUCUUAGCAUUCGAGCCCAACUUUGUUGAGAUCCGCCACGUGGAGACCAGCGAGUUGAUCCAUAUCAUUACUGGAAAAAACAUUCGCAUGUUGCACUCUUCCACCCGAGAGAUCAUCUACGCUUACGAGGACGAAGGGGGUGAGGAUGUGGUUGCCAGCUUGGACUUCUGGAACAAACCACAACAACACGGGGUGUGA